CAUUUCCCCUGGGCUGCAGUCAGCUGUCCUAUAAGGCACAUCCACAAACCGCUCCGGACAAGCAGUAGCAGAGAUGGGCUUCUGGUCGCUGGUCCUGCUCGCUGGGUUCUGCUUCCUUGGGAAAGCCACUGGGAAGCUGAAAGUGAAGGCAGACCCCACCCUGGUGAAAGCUGCGGUUGGGGACGAUGUCCUGCUGGAAUGUGUUUUUUCUUUCGACGGGGCUCCUAUGGACCUCAGCCAUCUCAUGAUCCAGUGGUUCCGCCAGGGCAAACAGCUGGCAGAAUUUGACAAUGUGGUGACUGUGUCCAGGCACGGCGUCAACAUGAGCCAAGAAGAGGUGGCGAAGGGAAACGCAUCCCUACUUCUCUCUCGGGUUGGAGUCGAAAAUGCUGGCAACUACAGGUGCUACAUCACAUACUCGUCAGAAGUUCACAUCAGGGAAGUAACUCUGCAAGUUGUCGGGCCAAGACUUCAAAAACAUUUUUCUGCGUGUGUCAGACUCCAAUUCCUGCCUUCAUCUGUCUCUCCCCUGCUCCCUCUCACCACUGUUUGUGUUCUGCCUGAAGCAGUUUGCUUCACCCUGUUACGUGGCAGGGCCCGCACUGCACAGCCCCGCAGAAGCAAGGUAGCAGAAUAUUGUCUAAGUUUGUAGGCAAUAAACUCAGACAGGAUAUGUCAAAGAUACCGUGUUGAUAUCAGAGCCUGCAAGUUCCUGUGGAACUUGCGAGCUCACUUAGAACUUUUCAGCUCUGAUCUGGCUAAAUUUGUAGGGCUGAAAUGCUCUACACUCCUACUUGGGAGUAAGACCCACUGAACAUGGAGGGGCUUCAUUUAUUUAUUUCAUUCAUAAAGGGCCUAAUGGUUAUAAGUGUGGUAGAAAAAACGUUCUCACAAACGCCCCCCCUUACAAACACUGAAAGAACAUGUGUGUGGGGUUGUUGUAUUCUUUGCAAGGCCGGCUCUGCUCUCUGCCAGCCACUGCAACCACUCCCUGAGCUGCCACUGCAGAAACUCUUACCUGCUGUGCGCAGAUUCAGACAGCGUGGGAAAGAUGUACAUGUGUAGAGCUCCACGUGAAGAGAAGGCUGAUCAUAGGUGAACAGGCAGAUGGCAAUUCAGAAGGCCAUAUCAAAUGCACAGUAUUGAAAAUGGCUUAUAAUCAUGCUGGUUUGUGUGUGAGUGUGUGCAAGUGUGUGUAUGUUGCAGCCUUCCUCAACCUGUGCCCUGUAUUAGACUACAACUCCCAUCGUUACCAGACAGCAUGGCCACUGAUGGAAGUUGUAGUCCAACACAUCUGCGGCUGUCUUCAUGGCACUGAAUUCCCCCUAAAACUUGCGGCUUGGCUCCUGUGGGGUGGCAUUGGAUAAUACCCACACCAAGAAGGGAGCAAGGGUUUCCAGAGGUCAUUUGGGUACUGGAGCUGCCCCCUUACCUUCUUCCUGCUUCUGGCAACCAAUUGCCAUAUGCCAUCCUCCCAGAAUGCCUCCUGGAUUGGCCACAGAGCGAGUUCAGAUGGCAGAAGAACCAGGGUGACCUUGCUCCCACCGAAAAAGUCGAGGUAAGUCCCCAACUUCUUUACCGCGCAGCUUUGCAGAAAAGUUCAGCAGUGCCUGCGAAUCUGUGGCUGUGUUAUAUAACUGACGCAGCGCCCAUUUGCAAGCAAUGCGGGGCUUUGAGUGUGUAUAGACAGCCCCCUGGAGUCACCAGGUUGGGGAAAGCUGGUGUAUUGUCUGGUCUAUUGAAUGCAUGUUUGGACAAGUGCAGACCAUGGGAGCAGGUAUCUCCCAAGACGCUCUCAGUUUUAAAUACAUACACUUUUAGCCCUGGUGUUUGUGUGUUUGUGUGUGCAAUGCCAAUGCUAAGGGACACUUCUCUUUCAAUUC